UGUAUUUGCUAAGCAUAUAAUCAACAUUUAGCAAAGUCCCCUACUAAUUCACUACUAAUUUCACUCUCAAUUCAAUUUUCUACUCUAGCACUGCUGUCAGUACUAUUGGCUGUUGUCGAACAUAAUAUUUGGUGUUGCUGUGAAAAAGGUUGGAAGUUUUGAUUUAAAAUAACGCUCAUUUUCAUCUCGGCUUUUCCUCUCCACUCCACCGGGACAACUACGCUUCAUUUUCCUCACAGUUGCGCCAACAUGUUUGCUUUUUUUCUGAUUCAAGUCUGCACAUGAGCAGUAAGAACAUGGAAAACCCCAGAGCAUGAGAAGAGGAGCAGCAACAACAAUUAUAUUGGAUUAACAAUUAUGACGUGUUUUAUAAGGCUAUAAGAAAAAUAAUUGCUUUAAAUUCAAGAGAAUAUAACGUUUAUCGAUUUCAUGAUAUGUUUUGGGAGCCCAUGAAAAUUAUGGGGCCUUAGGUAAUUGGCUGUGUUAGGUAAGUAUGCCCGUUUAUACCAAUAAUUUAAAAUGCAGUUGAUACUGGAUUCGAUUUUAAUAUGCAUGCAUUUUAUAAGUCUGGGUGUGAAAUCUCACAGGUACAUAUACCUGCCAUGAAAAACAAACACUUGUUCAAUAGUUAACCUGCCUUAUAUUUGAAGGCUUUGCAUGGAAUCUGAUAAUGUUGCAUACGUGAUAAGAGUUUUGAUAGUAUAUUGGGGGUGUUAAACUGUAUUGACAAAUGACUACUUCCUCAUUGGUAAAUCACCACAUGCUUCCUCAUUCUCGCUAGUAUGACCCCACGAUAAAUGAGAGAAAAGGAGAGUGACUAAGCUCGAGUCCAUCAUCAUUAUUGUCUGGAGCAGCACAAGGUAAACACAGAGACUAAGCUAUACGGAGGCUUUAAAGACUUUCUGGACUCCAGUUAGGCCAAUUUGGAUUAAAUCAGGAAUUUGGAAACUCAGAGGACCCAUAAGGCUCGAAAUCAUGUCUGUGUCCUCCAGAGAGGUCCACAAGCGGAGGGCCCACAUCACAGCUCUGCCUCUCUACUACACAGGGCACCUGAGCAAGAAACACUCCUACGAGACGGAUUUCAAGAAGAACUUCGCAGAGCUGCGUGGAGACACCUUGUUUCUGUACAAAGACGAUAAGCAGGAUACAUAUACAGAGAAGCUGAAUCUGCUGCAGCUGAGGUCCAUGAAGUUAGCAUCCCCAUAUCAGAGGAAGAUACCCACCAUCUUCAUCAUCAUCAUGCAUACAGAGGAGGUCCACUUGAAGAUGGACAACCCUGACAUAGGAGAAGAGUGGCGGGCUUAUAUCAUGACUAUGGUCAAAAAAGAGAUUCCCAGCCAGCUGCAACUCCUGCCCGGCCAAAGGUUGCUGCUUGAAGAUGCUCUGGCUCAGGAGAAGAUAAGAAUUUCCCAAGUGGAGAAACCCCCGCUUCCUCCUCGACCUGCUCACCUUCUUGGGGCCUCCGUGCCCCCACAGAAGGACACGCGUCCAGAGAUGUUACCGUGUUUCUUCAAUGUAACCCGACAGGAAGCUGAGAAUAUGUUGAGGCAGAACCCGGAGUUUGGAGACAUCAUCCUCCGGCCAUCCGCCAUGGCCAACAACUAUGCCCUCACCCUCAGACAUGUCACAGCCAAGGGGCCUGUCAUGAAGAACUAUAGGCUGAUCUACACCAAGUCUGGAUUUAUCAUCCAAUUAGAAACAGCAGUGACAGUCUCCUCCCUGCAGGAGGUAUUGGAAUAUUUUCUAGAGAAGACAGAAUACAAGCUUCAUCCUUACACACCGGGGGGUAUCUACGAAACUCGCAUCGCGGUAAUGCAUCCUGAGUGCGUCACUCCCUCAACACAGACAAAUGUACACAAGGAACAAGUGGCGCCAGCGAUGCUGAUGUGUUCAGAGAACAAGCCUGGGGAAGGGGAAUAUGUGGUCCCAAUUGAGCACAACUUGAAUAAAGUUCAGCUGGAUGAAGAUUGUGGCAGAACUACACGAAGAGCGAGAGCACCAAGUAUACCCUCACUGGCACUCACUUGCCAUUUAUCAUGCAAAGUGGAUACGUUUGGUAUUUGUGAUAUUUAGGGUAUUGUUUCAGUUUUUGUGACUGUAUUCUUUUCUUGAGAAUAUUUUGCAUUGUUUAAGGACUACCGAAGGACACCGUCAAUGAAAUCUCCCUUUAUUACCACAGCUAUUUUGUGGGUUUAUGAGAUUGUAAACAUAAUAAUUCACUGCCAUGUUAACAAAAGGAGUUUUGUACAGUAUGUCGCUUCAUCCAGAUGACACAGGCUAACUCUUUAACAUUUAGCAGCCUACAGUUUGUGUAUUUGGCAUUGGUCAGAAUACAUAUCAGUAAUGGUGACAGAUUCCUAUGUGCAAAUGAGUAAAUAAACCAUUCCCAAGAUGA